GCCGCCGGCUCCGUCCCGCCCCCAGCCCUGGACUUCCGGCCUUCGGGGGCCGCUCUAGCCGCGUGUUGCCGCGGCUCUAUGGUGCCCGGCUGGGGGAACAGCCGAGAGCGGCCACGUGAGGGACACUCGGAGCAGGCCAGUGGGAGCUGCCUGGGGAGACAGCCGGGAUCCUGGGAGCCGCACCAUGUUUGACGAAGGGGGGUGGAACAAGGAGGAUGGCGGGGAGGCUCUCAGCCAGGCUCUCCUGCGCCCUUGGCACCGCCCUGCCCAGCACUGCUCCCUGGCUCCUAGAGGCUCCUUGCAGAAGCAGCACAGACUCCUUGCGACCCUGCAGCGCCUGGAGGCCUCGAGCUGCACGGAGCCUCGUCAGCCCGGGCCCCUGUCUGGGGACAGCGAAUCUGAGUCGGACUCUGUGGGCCGGGCAGGGAGGAAACAGCCCAGAAAACAGAAACGGGGCCUGAAACCCAGAGCUGCCUCCUCCCCUGGUGUCGCCCCAGGGGCUCCAAGUGGCUCUGGCGCUCCCCACACAGGACCGGAGCCAGGCCCCGCGGGCAGGAGACGGAGGAAAGAUUCUGCAGCAGAGGCCCCCGGGGACAGACCGCGCACACCCAGCAAAGAGCAGCCGAGCCGGGAGCCGGGCGCAGCCGCUGAUGGGCUGGUUCCGUUGCUAACCAGGAAGCAGUGGAGGAACAAACAGAAGAAUAUAAGGCGACAGAAGAACAAGUUCAAAGCGGGCGCGGGGCAGGAGGGGCAGGGCCUGGGCGCAGGGCAGGAUAUGGGGCAGGGGACCUCGGCACUGCCCCCAUCUGAGCUCUCGGGGCGCUGGGCCCGGAUGGAGGAGCGGCUCCAGUCAGCCCGUUUCCGCUACAUCAACCAGCAGCUCUACACGUCCAGCAGCCAGGAGGCAGCCCAGCUCUUCCAGCGCGACCCUGCUGCCUUUGCCAUCUAUCACGGCUUCGCCCAGCAGGUGGGGCGCUGGCCUGACAAUCCGGUUCACCGCAUUAUCCAGUACCUGCGGGGGCGGCCGGCCUCGCUGGUGGUGGCAGAUUUUGGAUGCGGCGACUGCAAGAUUGCAACCAGUGUCAGGAACAAGGUUCACUCAUUCGACCUGGUGGCGCUGAGCCCACGUGUCACUGUGUGUGACAUGGCCAAGGUGCCGCUGGCAGACGAGUCUGUGGAUGUCACUGUGUUCUGCCUGGCGCUGAUGGGCACCAAUCUGCGGGAGAUCCUGGAAGAGGCCAACCGGGUGCUGAGGCCAGGGGGCACGCUGAAGGUGGCAGAGGUUGCCAGCCGCUUCGCAGACAUCCGGGCCUUUGUGAGCGCCGUGACUCAGCUGGGCUUUCAGAUUGUCUCCAAGGACCUGGACAAUCCGUUUUUCUAUAUGUUUGAUUUCUCCAAGACGGGGCAGCCCCGGGCUGGGGGAAGCCUGCCUGGCCUGGCGCUGAGACCCUGCCUCUACAAGAAGCGCUGAGGGGCCCCUCAGCUGGUGUCUGCCUGGGGCCUGCACCACGCCCAGCCUGUCCUGGGAUCCCCAUCCCUGGACUGGGCCCCAUGGCAGGGCGGGGUGCCUGUGCCUACAUCCUGGCCUGCCCUGGAGCCCCCACCUCGCCCUGCCCUGGGGCCCCUGCGCCUGCAUCCGGCCCCUGCCCAGCCUAGCCCCUGGGGUCCCACUCCAUUUGUGGGGGAGG